AUGCAUGCGAAGAUGACCAAACAGGCUCUCUUCUCCCUCUCACUUGUUUUUCUCUCCCUCUGCAGCAAGACUUUCGGCCAGCCAGCUCAGGCCCCCACUCAGCCCGCCAACGCCCCGGCUCAGCCCGCCAAUAUCCCAGUACCACGUGGCACCCCCGACGUCACCAAAAUCCUCCAAAAGGCCGGAGGAUUCACGAUCCUAAUCCGCCUCUUAAAAACCACUGCAGUGGCUGACCAAAUCAAAGGGCAGCUAGCCAAUUCAGACACUGGUUUUACCCUUUUCGCCCCAACCGACUCGGCAUUUUCAGACCUCAAAUCGGGCACUUUAAAUUCUCUCAACAACGAAGAAAAGAUCCGGCUUAUGCAGUUUCAUACCUUACCCAAAUUUUAUUCUCUGGAAAACUUCCAAACCGUGACCAACCCGGUUCGAACACAGGCAGGAGAUACCAACCCCGGCGAUUACCCACUAAAUGUGACCACUGCGGGAAGCCAAGUAAACAUUUCGACUGGCCUUGUGAAUGCCACUGUGAGCGGUACAAUAUUUUCUGCUAAACAACUUGCUGUGUAUCGAGUGGACAAAGUGCUUCUUCCUCUGGACAUCUUUGUUCCAAAGGCGCCUCCUGCACCAGCGCCGGCACCGCUCCCAGUCAAGCCUAAGGCCAAGAAGAAGGCAGCAGCUAGUCCAAAGAGUAGUACUACUACUACUACUCCUCAUCCUACUCCUACACUAGUGGUUGAUUCUGGUGCACUGGGUCUCACAAAGCAUGGAAUACCCGUGUCCGUCGGGAUUUCUCUUUUCAUUGCAGCAUUUUCUCUCUGA